CGUGCGAGCCGCAUCCGCAGACACUCAUUUCUUCCCAUCAGCUGGAGAUGAAGGAGAAGCACAUUGAACCCAGUCCGUCCUCUGACUGCACAUUACGCGCGCGCACCUGUUACUCCACACAUAUCGUCGAGGGCGGUUGGCUAAAUGAUGGAUUUCAUUACCUUACUCGUUUUGGCUGAAGAUGAAGAUGCCUUGAGCUUUAGUAAUCGACUCUGGGAUGUCUGAAGCAGCCUUUGGAUUCCAACCACCACAUAUCAAAACGUCACAAAUAUCCCCUGAACAUUUAGGGGAAACAAAAGGAAUAUGAAUUUCACUGCUGGCUUGCUGAAAAAAGAGCUUCUGCUCUCAAACGCCUUGCUGUCCUUGAAUGCCUCUUUCCGCGGUGCCGAGGAUUUCGCAAAUGAUGUUUUCCUCCACCAGAGUGGAGAGCUGGAGAGACUGCUGCUGCUGACAAUCAAAGAGCCCACCACUAUCGCUCUCACCGUCAUGUAUUCAUUAUCAUUUGUGGUGGGUUUCAUUGGAAAUCUCAUGGCCAUUCGAAUGCUCACUUGCCAGAAGAGUAAGAGGAUGCAGAGCAUCAGUGCCACCCGGAGUUUACUCAUCAACUUGGCGGUGUGUGAUCUAAUGGUGGUUUGCAUUUGCAUGCCCAUCACGCUUGGCCACACCAUUUACACCGCAUGGGUGUACGGAGACCUCCUGUGCCGGGCUGUUCCCUUCAUCCAAGCCGUGUCCGUGUCGGCAAGUGUCCUCAGCCUGACAGUCAUCAGCGUCAACAGAUACUACAGUGUUCACAGCCCGCUGAAUUCCCUCUCGUACUUCACCCAAAAGAAGAUCUGUAUCACCAUUGUGUGCGUUUGGAUCCUGUCCUCGGCCAUUUGCACACCUUUGCUCUUUAUGAUCAAGCUGGACGAGAUCCACUUAAUCGACAUCGUCGUGCCGAUCUGCAGAGAGCUUUGGCCACAAGCGAGACUCAAGCAGGUCUACAACGUGCUCCUUUUUGUUGCUCUCUACUGCAUCCCCGUGACCUUCAACCUAAUCAUCAGCUUUCUGACAGGCAGGAAGCUCUGGAGGGCUUCUCAACAUUUCGCCGACUUCGAUCCACACAGCCAGGCCGUGCAUGCUUCACGUCUGAAGAUGCGCAAGAAGAUCGCCAAGGUGGUGGUCACUUUGGUUCUCUUAUUCGCCAUCUCCUGGCUCCCGCUUUACGUUGCAGACAUCCUGAUUGACCGCGAGGUUCAUCCACCUCACUGGGUUCUGCAGACUCGGCCUUUCACGCAGUGGCUGGGUCUCACUAACUCCAGCCUCAAUCCCAUCUGCUAUUGUUUCUUGGGCGAUUUAUUCCGCUCUGCCAGAGCAGUCAGGUCCAGGUAUCAUCAGAGAAUGCUUUCCGUCCUUCAAUCCUCCAGCUCUUUUAAACUGUCCGGGUUACUUUCUCUCAAAAAGCAGAAAUCUGGCAGGCGACAAGGUGCCGUGAGCCAGGCGUCGGUGGAGACUCUUUCUGAUUGGUGUUCCAACAACAGCCAAAUGGUGUCUCUCCAAAGCCUCUCAGAGAAGAUAGUGUCUACAAGCAAUCCUGAGUUAUCGAACUUGUAG